AUGAGCAGCCUCAGGGUACUUUUGAUUGGCAGCGGCGGCCGUGAACAUGCUCUUGCUUGGAAAUUGAGCCAGUCGGCUCGUGUCGAGGCCAUCUUUGCGGUCCCCGGAAAUGGAGGGACAGCUACAUGUCCGAAAGUGACAAACGUCACCAGCGUUUCUGCGGAAAAUUUCCUCGAGUUGGUCAAAUUCGCUCAAUCAAAGGAAGUCAACUUGGUCGUUCCCGGACCGGAAGCCCCGUUGGUUGAUGGCGUGGAAGGGUACUUCAAAGCCGCGGGAAUCCCGUGCUUCGGGCCUUCCAAGGACGCGGCUCGCUUAGAAGGCAGCAAGACAUACUCCAAGAAUUUCAUGAAAAAAUACAACAUCCCCACCGCGUCGUAUGAGAACUUCUCAGACUAUGAAAAAGCUACCCAGUAUAUGGACAGCAUCUCUCACGACGUAGUCAUCAAGGCAACUGGCCUUGCGGCAGGCAAAGGGGUUAUACUUCCGCAAUCCAAGAAAGAGGCUAAAGACGCUCUGAAAGAAAUCAUGGUCGACAAGGCCUUUGGCGCUGCUGGCGAUGAGGUAGUUAUCGAGGAACGCCUGGAUGGUGACGAGCUAAGUGUGCUCACUUUUUGUGAUGGCUACACCAUUAGAUCUUUACCGAUGGCCCAGGAUCAUAAGCGCAUCUUCGAUGGUGAUCAGGGCCCAAACACUGGAGGAAUGGGCUGCUAUGCACCAACCAACAUUGCCACCAAGACUUUGCAAGAACGGAUUGACCAAGAAAUCCUCGAGCCCACAAUUUCAGGCAUGCGAAGGGAGAAGCAACCUUUCCGCGGCGUCUUGUUCACCGGUCUCAUGAUCACCCGCAAUGGGCCCAAGGUUCUGGAAUACAAUGUGCGGUUUGGCGACCCCGAAACGCAAACUGUCCUACCUCUGCUGUCCGCCGACACAGACUUGGCGGAGAUUAUGCUCUCAUGCGCCGAGGGUUACCUGGACAACUGUCAAAUCAAGGUUGAACGAAAGUUCAGCGCCACUGUGGUUGUUGCUGCCGGCGGUUACCCGGGCUCGUAUGCCAAAGACACUCCCAUGGUUGUUUUGCCAGCACCGCAGGGGUGCACGGUUUUCCAUGCUGGAACAAAGCUGGUCGGGGAUCAGUUGAAGUCGUCUGGUGGUCGAGUUAUCGCCAUCAACUCUGUAGGAGAGAGUCUGAAGGCCGCGGUAGACGCCUCCUAUGCUGCGCUUUCUGCUGGGGUCAUACGUUUCGAGAACAUGUUCUUCCGAAAGGAUAUUGCUCAUCGAGCCUUUAGAGAUUCUUGCCUGGAAGCCAUGACUUAUGCUCAAGCCGGCGUGGAUAUUCAAGCCGGAAACGAAUUCGUGAAGAAGAUUAAGAGUGCCGUGGCAAGUACAAAGAGACCCGGCGCCGAUGCUGAAAUCGGGGGCUUUGGUGGUGAACUCGAUCUAGCAGAAUGUGGAUAUCCCGGCGCCCCCAUACUUGUCGGGGCCAUUGACGGUGUGGGUACAAAACUAAUGAUUGCGCAAAAAAUGAAGAAGCAUGACACUGUUGGCAUCGAUCUCGUGGCCAUGAAUGUGAACGACUUGGUUGUUCAAGGGGCCACACCGCUGAUGUUCUUGGACUACUAUGGCUGCAGCAAACUUGAUCUGUCGUCUGCCGCUGCUUUCGUUGAAGGCGUGGCCGAGGGCUGUCGGCAAUCCGGUUGCGCUUUGGUUGGCGGAGAGACUGCGGAAAUGCCUGGCAUGUAUCAAGGGGAGGACUAUGACGCUGCUGGAUGCGCCGUCGGUGCUGUCAGGGCGGAAAACAAACUCCCCCGGCAAAGUGCAAUGUUGGAAGGGGACGUCCUCCUGGGACUCGGCUCCGCGGGCGUACACUCCAACGGCUUCUCCCUGGUCAGGAGAAUCAUCCAGAGUGCCGGCCUGGAGUACGAUGCGCAAGCGCCCUGGGAUACCUCGAGGACGGUCGGAGAAUCUCUCUUGACGCCAACCCGCAUUUACGUGAAGAGCCUGCUGCCUGUUCUCGGAGAAAUCAAGGGUUUGGCGCAUAUCACUGGUGGUGGUCUCAUCGAGAACGUGCCCCGGAUGUUGCCCGAGUCUCUGGCUGCAGAGAUUACCUACGGGUCGUGGACCAUGCCUCCCGUGUUCCAAUGGCUCAAGCAGGCUGGAAAUGUCGACGCGAUGGAAAUGUGCCGCGCAUUCAAUUCCGGAAUUGGGAUGGUUAUUGCCGUGGACGCCAGCAAGGCUGAUGCUGUACAGGCAGCAUUAUCCACGUGUGAAGAGGUUUACAGAGUAGGUUGCCUGGUCCGUCGUCAAGAAGGACGCUCGGGCUGCGAUGUCAGAAACCUUGAUUCCUGGGUGUAG